UGGGCGUGAACAAAGGCUUCUACUUACGGCGUGCGCGCCUUGUUUUUUCGGCUAUCAAGGAACACUACAAAACUCAUGCUUUGCUAGCUGGCUUGUCACGCAGUUUGUUGGUGGGAAUGGAAACCUUUAACCAGCUUUUGUCGGAGUAUCCCGAGUUAAUGUAUGGAGGAGUCGGGGCGACGGCGUUUGUGGCCGGCGGAGCGCUUAUUUACAGAAUCGCCACCAGAAAGAAGCCCACUCAUGCAAAUGUGAACUGCUGGUUCUGUAACCAGAAUACAGUGGUGCCCUAUGGGAACAGGAACUGCUGGGACUGUCCCAACUGUGAACAGUACAACGGAUUUCAGGAGAAUGGGGAUUACAACAAACCCAUCCCAGCUCAGUACAUGGAGCAUCUGAACCAUGGAGUGUCCGCCAGCCUUCCCUCAUCGGAGACGCCCAAGACGCUGCAGUGGGUCAACUGUCAGAUGCUGCUGUGCAGGAAGUGCAAUACCAACCAGUCUGCCAAGAUCAAACAGUUGGCCUCAUUCAUCCCGAGGGACGAUGAGAACUACGAUGAGGAAAUUGAGGCUUACAAGCACCACCUCGAGCAGACCUACAAGUUAUGCCGGCCGUGUCAGACAGCGGUGGAGUAUUACAUCAAGCACCAAAACCGCCAGCUUCGCACGGUGCUCUUAAACCACCAGCUUCGACGCAGCAGAGAAUCAGACAAGCCCUUCAUAAAGAGCUACUCCAUGACGACUCCCUUGGGAGUCAUAGUGUUGCGGCUGCUGGCCUUUCUGACAUGUGCUUUCCUGGUUGCUGCAGCUGUCUGUGGAUCAGCAGACCAGCCUGCUUCACCGAGUGACCCACAAGCAUUAAGCGGAGGGGUCGUUCCUCCUAAACCAAAACCCUACAAUGAGUCCACUCCUCACAACAGUAGCAGUGGAGCGGCACAUGUUUGGCAGGAUCUAGUGGAGCUGCUGCCAGAUAAGGCCAUAGAAAAUGCCAAGCUGGUGUGGCAGUAUGGAAAGAGCAACCAGAUGGCUGUUGUUUCUCUUGGCUUGUUGACUUGUGUCACUGCUAUCUUCCUUGCAGGGCCAGUCAGGCUGAGGAGAAUUGAUGCUGUGUCCUCUGUGCUGUGGUUCCUGGUCCUGUGCCUCCACCUGGCUGAGAGCUACUGGACUGGUGUGGCAGGAUGGCUGGACACGGCGAAGCUCAGCACCACCUGCCUCUGUUCCCUGGUCAGCUUCGCCUCUGCUGUGGCUACUCGCAAAAACCUGGGCCUGCGGAGAGCCAGAUGUCGAAGGUACCUUGCGGGCGGCUCGGUGGCGCCCCCCUUCAGUGGCCAGCCGCCUUUGCUCUCACCCAUCUACCCCAGCUUGGAGGACUCGUUCAUUCCUACUCCGCCCCCCAACCUCUCCAAGCUCAUCAACCGGCAGCAGAGCCCCCGGGAGCGCAAGGCCUCCCCCUCCUCUCUCCCCGGGCGCCUCAACAGGGCCCUCUGCCUCGGCACCAUCCCCUCGCUCACCAGGACAGAUUCUGGCUAUCUGUUUAGUGGAAGCAGACCUCCAUCACAAUACAAAGACUCUCCACCCUCAGACUAUUUUUCUCUGAUAUCCGGGAGCCGGCCCUCGUCCCCAGGCCCCUCCCCGACUCCCUCGGUCGCCGGUUCGGUUACGUCCAGUUCCAGCUCUGCUGUACACCGCCGCCCCCUGAUCAGCCCUGCCCGCCUCAACAUCAGCGGACGGAAACUCCGACUCUUCUCGCCCGUGGCAGAGCCCAUGCCUGCGCCCAUGCCCAGGUCCCCUCCUGUAUCCCCUUCCCACUUCUCUGCAGAGCCGGCUCCUUCUCUUUAUAGCGGCCGCUUUUCCCCAGACAUCUCACCUUUCCAAAGCCAAAAUGUUGCCUUGUGCUGCAGACCUGAGUUCCUUGUUGAGGGAGGGCAGUGUGAUCGAGGAGGAGAAGCGAGGCAGCUCCUCAGAGAGCUCAGCGUGCCUGGUGGACACCACCACACAGGGACCAGAGAGCGCUUCUCCAUCAAAAGGUUUUGUGAAGCGGUUUAUCUGGCCAGGACUUUUAUUAGUAAGCCUGAGUGCAAACUUGUUCUUCGCCUCGCUCUACAUGUACCGCAACUGGAGAUGAACACAGAGCGAGUGGGUCGACUUCAGGCCGCUCAGAGCUGAUGGUGCUUCAGCACAGCCGGAGGACGUCUCUUCACCUCUCUGGCAGAACCUGUUACUGUUUGUAACACUAACGCCACCAGUCUACGCUGCAUCUCCCUUUGUGAUUGGAGUUAUGAGAAAAUCUUGCGGUGAAAUCUAAAUUUGUGCCGUUAAAUUUGUGAUUGUUGAUGGCUUAAAAAUACUUAGGCUUUUCUGUAAAAUGUAGUCCCGCCUCGUUUUCGUCAUACAGUCGUUUGUCACUGCAAACUCCAAAUGUUCGACUCCUCUUACUUGAACACAGACGCAUGCGUGAUUAAUUUGAAAAGCUCUUCGCACUAGUGGCUUGAUGGCUUUUUUUGUUUUUUUUUUAUUUAACCAUGCUGUGAAAUGUGCAAUAAACAUGUACUGUUCAGCCAAUGCUGCUUUGACACACAAGUUGAUGUCUUAUCUACCUAUAUUGAUGGUGAUGUGCAUUACCUCUUUAAACUGAAUACGUUUUCAUGUUGUCAGCAAGAGCUACAAUUCAAAAUAACAAGCAGCAAGUUUAAUUUGUGGCCUAUCGGAGUCACAAUUAUGCAUCUUUGAAAAUUGUACUUGAUUUCAACUUGGAUUUUCACAGUUUCACAGCCCGAGAAUGUGCCGUUGUCUUUGUCCUGUCACAUGGGAGGGAAUGUCAUGCCAAACUCCAUGCCACAGUUUGCCAAUUCAGUCUUUCCUUUCUUAUUGACUAACAGACACACAACAACAAUCACAGGAGAUGCCAUUUUUUUUUGGUGUAACUAUUUUUUGUAAACAUUGACUGGUGGUGUCCUGUCUUAUUUAUCUUAUCUUGAGUCAGGCAUUUUGUCACAGUCAUCCAUGAUGACAGGAUUGGUCAUUGACCAAUCCGUGUUGUUUUGUGUAAUCUAAUGUAUUUGUCUUCAUUAGAGAGGCUGUUUUUGUGGAGAUUGUAAGGGUCAACUGUCCUAAAAAAGGAUAGGUGCAAUAACAGAAUAUUACUUAAUGUUGUUAUUCUUAGAAAAUAAAUUCCUGGUGCGAGUCACUGUUCUUGUCCACUGUUGUGCGUAUUUGCAUAGGAAAAGCAGAGCUAACUGUCCUGUAUGUGUUAUAACUGGUUGAGAAUGCACAUAUUACAGCAGAGUUUCUGUGCUUUUGAUACGAGGAAAUGCAUUAUUUAUGUACAAUUUGUAUAAUUUGAAGGAAGGGUCAUCUACUGAAUGACUUUGCACUUGAUUCUGGGAGUGGAGUUACUGGAAAAUGUGGCUGUUCCAUUUCUUCUAUCAGAAAUGGUUGUAUAUGGACUGUGUGUGUGCAUGCACUGAACACAUGGUUUCUAAGAAGUUGUAUAUUCUUGGAUAUGUGUAUAAUGUGUAUAUAAACAGUGGAACAGUGAAACAUGGUUUCACGUACAAGCAAACAAUACGGUUUUUGCGUUUGUUUUUAGAUGAAAUGUAUUUUUGAA